GAGAGAGGGAGCGAGCGAGAGAGAGGGAGAGAGAGAGAGUAUAAAUAAAUCCCAAGGAAGCUGGUGCUCACAGGCGCAGCUGGACUUCUGGAUAACUGGACUGCAGCCCACUGGAAUAUUUAGCCAAAAAGGCACUCUCUGGAUUUCUGAUUAGUUGUGGUUACUGUGACAAACUUAGAGAUGAAUAGUGUGGCAGACUGGCUCGUUGAAAACAGGGACAAGAUCGAGAAAGGCGUGGAGAUCAUGGGCCAAGCCUCCGAGGUGCUGGCCGCCACCGUGGGCCAGCUUCACCCCAUCCUGGAGGCCGUUUUCGUGGCCUCCGCCGAACUCCUCAGCAACCCGGACGGCAAGGAAGCUCGCUACCUGACUCAGCAGUUUGAAAAAGUCAACUCAAAACUGGAGGGGAUCCAAGACGAGAUCGACAAACUCGCCCUGGAGCUGCAGAAGACGUCCAUGAACAAGCAGAACUUUGACCGGGAGGCGCAGAUUAUCAGCCAGUACGAAAAGUUUCAGGACUUUGUCAACGCCAAGCCGAAGUUCAGGGAGAAGAAGAAGGAGAAGUUCCUGAGCCACUACGAGAACACGGACAGCGACCUGAACCUGGACGCCCUCUACAAUGCCGUCAAGGGCGAGAACACGUCGGGAGACCCCAUGCUGGACACGGUGCUCGCCACCGAGCAGCGGAGCAGGAGGGCGGUCGAGGAUUUCUGCGCUCGGCUGAAGAAGCUGUUCGUGGUAGGCAUCAUCGCCGUCAUGGGCCACGCUGCGCUCCAGGAGGGAAUCGUCGGCGAGGAGAUGGUCAAGAAGUGGCAAGACCGAAUGGAGGACGUGGAGAAACGCAUGAAAGCGGCCGUGGAUGACUGCACCGAGAACUUCGCCACGCAGGCCAAGACGGACAUGGAGCACCAGCUCCAGGACAACCCCGGCACCGUCGACACCGAGUUCGCCAAAUCCCUCCUGGAGUCGCUGGUCAAAAAGUACGACUGGGUGAGCUGGUCCGUCCGGGCCUUCGGCGACCGGGAGCGCAUUUUCUUCUUCAACUGGCUGGCGGGAAAGAAGUACCACGGCAGCGGCGGAGCCAACUGGUUUGACAUUCUGACCAAGAACAAGAUCAAGGUGGUGGUGUCGUUCUGCGUCGACCCGCAGCCCAUCAACAAGAGUCAGAUCCAGGAGCAGAUCGAGCAGCAGAAGCUGAAGGGCAACAUGAUGGCUGUGGCUUUGUCUUUGAACAAGACCUUCCCCAACUGCCUGGUCCACGCCGUGAGCCACUACAAGGCCGUGGUGGAGACCAACAACUUCAGGGAGGACUGCUACUACUACGGGAAACACAAACGGGCCUACCUGUGCAUCCAUCCAGAGUAGACGCCGAGGAAGAGGACACACUCAGAGGAGAGACUUUAGGACAUCUAGUCAAUAUGGAUCUGUAUCUUAUGGUGUAUAAUCUGCUUUGGGGACUGCUUUGUGAUUCCUUGUCUCGCAGAAUUUCCUACUUCUUCUCAAUGUUUCCUCUUACGCAAAUUAUGGUUUUCAUAGAAGAUUUCAAAGCCGGCUUCCUGCAUUCUUGUCAUCUGAGUCGACAUUAUGCAGGAAAGCUAGAUAUCUACCAGAUAUUUCACCUUUCAUUCAGACCCACUCCACCUUUGGAUAAUGUCUGCAACAAAUCUGUGGUCAAUUUAUGGUGUCAAUUCAUUACUGUCAAGAGUUUGAAACAACAUGUUGAGCAUAACAGAUAAUUAAAGGCUGUCAAAAUGUUUUAAUUAUCAGCAGAACUGUGUUGAGAUUCUUUAAUCAGAAGGCAGCUUUUAUUUAGCUCUUACUGGGUUCAUUUGGUCUGUAACUCCAACACUUUUAGAUGCAUCCCUGCUGCUACAGCUGAAUUAAAUGUCUGAAUUACUUCCUUAUUGUCAGUUUUGUAAAGGCCUGGUCAUUAACUAUUGGUCUGAACAAGCUGCUGGAGCAGAGAAGCAUCCAAACGUUGAGACUUGAGAACUGGAGUUUCAGACACCUGGCUUACAGGAAGGUACUGAAGCUAACGGCUAGUCCAGGAAAAGCCAGGAAAUCUGAUUCCAGGUUAUAGAAAAGCUACUUUAGAAACAAUUUGGAUCAAAUUUGCUUCAGGAGGUCAGUGAUGUUGGUGUAAAAACAAAAUAUAGCAUUUCAAGACCUUUUUUGCACUGAGUAUGUGAUUGUUAAAAAUGUUUCUUGCAAGUUUUUGUUUUUAUUUUUGUGAACGUUUUAGUUGUUUGACUCGUUCUAAGAUUUAAAAUAUCUGCCCAGACUCAGAUCAUGGACCUGCUCUUUAGCUUUAGCAUUAGCUUUUGCACCACAGGAAACCUGAAAUAGCAAACCAACAACAUGAGUCUCUGACAGAGUUAUGAACUCAGAUCUAUCUGUUUAGGCAAAAUAAAUUUUGAAAAUGACAAUAAAUAUGAAUAUAAUUUGCAGUUUAUCUUUUGUGGCAGCUUUGUAAAUUCUGCUAAGCAUCAAAAAACCAACUUUAAACCUGAAAAUGCAAACAAAACUGAAGCCAACAAAUCAGUUUGGGAUUUUUUUCCAGGUGGGAUCAGCAGCUUCAAAGAUCCUCCACCAUCUGAAAACCACAACUUAUUGUCUUUUUCAUAUAUUCAUAAGCUUUGAUGUUCUGGUCUGUCCAGUCCGAGUCUCAUUGUCAAUGUUUGUGUGAAAAUAAAAUCCACCUCCAGAGCUCCUAGUUUAUAUUUAGAAUGAACAUUAGAAUAAUUCAGAAUUUCCCUUUUACAGGAGAUCAGAUAAACUGCGUUUGUCGUCUGGUUAAAAGCUCCAGAACAGGUGAGCCAUUAGUCUGAUCAUUAAGAUGUUUUACUAUAUGAUUAUAUGCAGAAUGUGAAGAAAUGAUCUUUUUUUAUGUUUGUUAAUGAUAUAUACAUAAAUGAUGCUUUUGGUGCAAUAUAUUAAAGCUGGACAAACCAAGUACAAUCAUAAUUAUAUGAUAUGAUUGUAUAAUUCACUUUAAUUUGUAAUAAACAACAGAAUACGGCA